GUAUAACAAUGGCUCUCAAGUUGAUAGUGUUGGUGUGUGUGGCAGUGGUGGUCCUGGGCGAUCAGUCCCCCGUGUACCCAGCCCCUCCUGUUUACGGCUAUCCUGCCCCGCCCCCUGAGUACCCCGAGGUCCCUCCUAAAUACACUUACAACUAUGGUGUCGCCGACGACUACUCCGGCGCCAACUUCGGUCAUUCAGAGAACCGCGACGGCUACAAGACCGAGGGCAGCUACACGGUGGACCUCCCCGACGGCCGCAAGCAGACCGUCACCUACGUGGACAACGGCGACGGUCUGGAGGCCGUAGUGACUUACGAGGGUGAGGCCCAGUACCCCGAGUACCAGCCCUCCUACCCCGCCCCACAUCCACCUAUCUACCAUCCCGCCCCCUCUUACCCCGCCCCCACUCCUCCUGCCCCCACCUACGAAGAAGAGUAAUCGAAAUACUGUAUACACAACUGAGCAGCUUCACCGAGCCUACACGUAAGCCUCUAGUCAACAACCUCAUUACCCCGAGAAACUGACGAUUAAAACUUAGUGUUUCUCAGUGCAUGUUCCUAUACCCAGAGAUUACAACUAUAUAAUUAUCUGUCUAAUAUAUGGUGCCAUUGUUGUAUGACUCAAAUAAAAUUUGUUUUCGUCAAA